AUAACUCGGAAAAAGACUCCACCUAUGGUCUUAGACAACCGUAGAUAAACUUUUUGGACAGUGCUCGUAGUAGACUCAUUGCGGUAAGAUCAAGAAAAAGAUAUAGAAAACUCUCGCGCUUAUUUGUUAAAUAACGUUUAUUGCAAACUCUUUUGCGCAGUGUUUAAUAUUUUGCGAUGGCUACAAUAAUGCAGUUGCCUCACGAAGUAAUUGUUCACAUUUUGCAAAAUGAGAGCAUCAGCGCCGUGGAUUUAAUAAGAUUUGGCUCCACGUGCACAAGAUUGCAACAAGUGAUACAUGACAACAAAUUGUGUGAGAGGAAAUAUUAUCAGAGCUGUCCUACCGCGGAAAAAAAGUAUAAUAGAGAAAAACAGAAGAAAAUAUUUCACCAUAUCAAAUUCAAAGAAAGACUAGAAACAGGAUUAUAUCAUAUUCAAAAGUUACAAUAUUAUGCGAUUAUGAUAUCGCAAAAUAAGUUAUGUAAUACUGACAAAGAACAAUUGGAACGUCUUCUGCGUUCAAUUACUGAAGAUUCCACAAUGUAUUAUUUUGUGUGGGAUGCGAUAAACAGAAUUUCUGCACAAACAUCAUGCAAACUGUUUUCCAAUUUGACAAGUGAAUAUUAUUUUAAGCUAAUUUUUCACUGUCUAAAAGAGUAUCGAUUUGUAUAUAAGCAAAUGAAAUUUAUAAAUAUGCCAAAAACAAAGCAGCUUUUGGAAAAACAACUUACAAUCGUGGCGCAAUAUUUUCAGCCACAUGUGUCUUAUUCGGCCGUGAAAACGUGGUUAGAUGGAAUAGUGCAGACAGUACUAUUUCGUCUGAAAAAUAAAUAUUUAGCUCAUUCAAUUUGUUCUACGACUUUAGAGCAAUUUUCUUUUUGGAGAGAUAACAAUAUUGACGACAAUUUUUGGAAUGAAACGGAAUCAAAGCAAAUUAUGUGUGUUCUCGACAAAUAUAUAUUUUCCGAGUUAGAGAUUCAUAAAUUGCAUCAAUUAUUAAAGACAUCAGAUCUCGAAGCAAAAUAUAUAAAAUAUAUUGCAGAAUGUUUUCGACAACAUCUAUUGACUGUCACGUAUCACAUCGUAGCUAGAAGACUUGGCAUACAUAGCAUUCUGGGAUUAGAUGGAAGAAAUAUUGCAGUCAUAUGGAAACCAAAAUAUACAAACGGUUAUAUAAAGUAUGGAGAUAACGUAGAGUACUUUUAUAUGAGCAAGAGCUCAAAUUUAUUGUAUCCCUCAAACGUUAUCAGAGGGAGAAGAAAUAUCGGGACUGGAAAUUUACUUUUAUUUCAUCCGAGGUCAUUAAGCAAUAAUAUUUGGAUGACACUAGAAAUAAUGCAAAGUUUUAAUCGAGAAUUAAGAUGUAGUCAUAACAUAUAUUACGAGUGGAAUUUCUGCAUCCUCUUAGAAUUCCUAGUUACAUGCAUCUCAUUUGAUGUUGAGAGGAUAAAUAUUGCAUAUGAAUACGAAUAUAUUACAAAUAAAAUAGAAGUUACAUCUAAGACAGUAAAGAAACGAUUAAAAAAAAGAUCAAAAAGUGUUAAAUUUGCCGUUGGAAUGAUCGUAACGCAUCAUGAUGAUUAUCAUAACGGUAAUGAUCAUAAUAAUCAUGACGGCGUAAUAAUGGGAUGGCAUCAUGAAUGUGAAUCAGAAUUGUUCUUGAUCAAUUUGAACACGUCUAAUAAGUGCCCAUAUCUAGGUAAAUACGGCCAACAUAAUUAUCACAUCUGCACAUGUGAAGAAAGUGAAGAAAGUGAAGAAAGUGAAGAAAGUGAAGAAUUUUCAUCUAGAGCCCGUCAACCACACUACAUCGUUCUCAUCGAGAAUAAUAGCCUAUGUUAUGUGCAACAAGAUCAAUUAUCGAUAAUUCCACCUAAAAAAAUCGAUAACAUAGAAAUUGGAAAAUACUUCUCUAGAUUCGAAGGCACUUAUUACGUACCGAAUAAAAGCUUAAGAAAACGUUAUCCGGAUGAUACCGCUGCAAUAGCCAAAAUACUUGCUAAGUAAUUUUUAUUAUCUUAAAAUCUACAACUUGUUAUAUAUAGAAUGUUUUAGUCCCGCAACGGUCAAAUAUCUCUAAAAUAAAACAUUUUUGAAAAAAAUGUUUCAAAUAAAAGUUGUAGGAUUUUAACAUGCGCAUUAAGUAGCAAUAUUAAUGUGACUUUAAAUAGCAUUGUUAGAUUACGUAAAAAACACUUUGAAAUUUUAAAAUAAAAACCCCCAUUUUUGAUUGCAUAUUCUUGUAGUUUAUCUGAAGAGCUUUUCAAAACGCUAUAAUAAAGUAUUUUUUCAUUAGGUAUUUUCCGAGUUAUAAAGCUUGAAAAGUAUAGUAGUACCGCUAGUAUUAUCCAAAAGUGAUUUUUACAUGACUUUAACAAUGCUAUUUAAAGUCACAUUAACAUUGCUACUUAAAACUACUGCGCCACUUAAAACUGCAACUUUUAUUUGUAACAUUUUUCUCAAAAAUGUUUUAUCUUCGAGAUUUCGAGAGUUGUUUUUCAUAACACUUUUUGCAAAAAUAUAUUUCUCAAUUUAGCUCUCAUUAUGAAAGAUUUAUAUAUGUAUAUAG